AUGGCGACCAAGGCAUAUUCACUGCGCGAUCGCCAAGUUGCCUCCCUCAAGAAGAUCCUCAACCUCAACGACACCAUCGACCAGAAGGACGACGAUGACUCUCACGCAAACGGUCUCGCCCCCGCCGGCCCCAUCCUGACUGCCGAGGGGGAGCCUAUCUGGAAAGUCCUCGUCUUCGACGACCUGGGCCGCGAUGUCAUCUCCAGCGUCCUUCGCGUGAGCGACUUGCGCUCCAUGGGCGUCACCAUGCAUAUGAAUCUAUCUGCCACGCGGAACCCCAUCCCCGACGUCCCUGUCGUAUACCUCGUCGAGCCCAACGCGAAGAACUUGGAGGGCAUCACCAGUGAUCUACAGAAGGGACUCUACUCCCCGGCUUAUAUCAACUUUCUCUCCUCCAUACCUCGGCCUCUCCUCGAAGACUUCGCCUCGCAAACCGCCUCUGCGGGCACGUCGGAACACAUCGCCCAGCUAUUCGAUCAAUACUUGAACUUCAUAGUCGCCGAACCAGACCUAUUCAGCCUUGGUAUGCAGAAAGAACACACCUAUUGGGCCUUGAACAGUGCCAAGACGAAAGACGAGGAGUUAGACCACGUUGUCGACCGGAUAGUCAGCGGCUUGUUUAGUGUCAUUGCGACCAUGGGUGUUAUCCCAAUAAUACGGUGUCCGAAGGGAGCCGCUGCAGAUAUGAUCGCAGGCAAGCUCGACCGCAAACUUCGCGAUCACGUUCUUAAUUCGAAAGACAACCUAUUCUCAAACAACGCCCGACCAGCUUCGUCUGCUGGCACGCCUACGUCUAGGCCUGUUCUCGUCAUCCUCGACCGAAAUGUCGACCUUAAUCCUAUGCUCUCCCACUCUUGGACCUACCAGUCACUAGUCCACGAUGUUCUCAAUAUGAAGCUCAACCGUAUAACCAUUGAAACACAUAUAGACGAGGAGCAUCCGGGAAAGGGAGUGGCAAAGAAGGCGUACGACCUUACAUCGGCCGACUUCUUUUGGGAGAAGAACGCCGGAAUGCCCUUCCCCCAAGUGGCCGAGAACAUCGACGCUGAACUGACUCGAUAUAAGGAGGAUGCCGCCGAGAUCACGAAGAAGACAGGUGCUUCAUCAAUAGAGGACCUACAGAAUGAUACCAGUGCGAGUGCGCAACAUCUCAAGGCGGCAAUAACGUUGCUGCCGGAGCUGCGUGAGAGGAAGGCCGUGCUGGAUAUGCAUAUGAACAUCCUUGCCGCGCUGCUCACUGGUAUCAAGAACCGACAGCUGGACAACUACUUCCAGACGGAGGAAAACGUCAUGAAGCAAACCAGGGCGCAGAUUCUGGAGAUUGUCAAGGAUGCCGAGAAGGGCAAGGAUCCUUUAGACAAGCUUCGGCUGUUCAUAAUCUGGUAUCUCAGCACUGAGCAAGAGAUCAAUAGAGCAGACUGGACUCAGUUCGAAGAAGCUCUGACUGCGGCCGGUGUUGACAACACAUGCCUCGCUUACGUCCGACAAGUACGCGCAACAACAAGGAUGACCCAGAUGACCACAAUCGAAACGUCUCAACCCGCCCAAAGUGGGAGUACAGACCUAUUUGGCCGCUUCUCCAAUCUAUCCCGGGGACUGACUGAUCGUUUGAUGGAAACGGGUGUUGGCGCGACCUCACUGGCCUCAAACUUCGAAGGCCUGAUAGGCGGCAUCAAGAACUUCCUCCCUGCCAAUCGCGACUUGACGAUUACUAAGAUCGUCGAGUCCAUUAUGGAUCCGUCAACAGCCUCGACAGCCGCCAUUGCCAAGACAGAGAACUAUCUGUAUUUUGACCCACGGAGCGCCAAUGCGAGAGGGAGCAUGCCACCGCCAAGCGCAGUGCGAGCUGGUGCGGUCAGUACACCUGGGUCAAUGCCCGGAGCUAGCACCCUGGGCGUACAGGCCACAGGCACCGGAGCAAGCUUCGGGCAGAGGAGACAGGGCUACAGCGAUGCCAUUGUGUUCACGGUAGGCGGAGGCAGCCUAGAUGAAUACGGCAACCUUCAGGAAUGGGUACAGCGCACGGGAGAAGGUAGAGCUAAGAAGAGAGUAGUGUACGGCAGCACAGAGCUUUUGAAUGCCCGCGAGUUCAUACAAGAGGAGUUGGAGAGGUUGGGCCGCGAAGUCCCCUAG